UCUAAAAUUUAUAUCUAACAUCAACUUAAAAAAUCAGUUCUGAAGAUUGACGUUUCGCUCUCUCAUCCAGAAGUUUUCUUCAAGAAUACAGAUGAGCACUAAAGUAACACAAACUAUUACCAGAUUUAGAAGCGAAAGUCAGCUGCGGGACCUAUACGAUUGUUGCAUGAAGCCUACAAAGAAACACGAUGACAUCCGUCACACUACCGUCAAGUUCGGGUACGUUGAAUGGAGGAUAUUCAUCGUCAGUGACGGAAAAGUUACCAACUACUCAACCAGAUUUUGAUGCAUUACGCACAAUAAAACGAUCCCUAUGUUUAACAUCUACAGAAUCAUGCAAAAAACGUCGGAAGCAGUCGACUCCUAUCAGAAUAUCUACAAGUGAAACAGAAAGUCAGAACGCUAACUCUCUUGAAGGUAAGCCCAUCGUGCCUUCCCCUGAACCCAAUCAUCGUUGUUCAAUUUGCCAACAGUCCUUUUCAUAUCCAGAGCAACUGCAAAAUCACAUCAUAUGCGAACAUCCUCUUUUAGAGUGCAAAAAGGAGCCCGAAGAUCAUCCUACAACACCAUCUUCGGUUUCUUACGUGGAUCAAUCAGAAACACCAAUGGGUUUAUCCAUUAUGCGCUCUGAUAUACCGUGGGUAAAUGAGAUUCAAAACAAAGAGUGGAUUGGUUCCAACUUAUCAAACCUUUCUUUCAACCCAGCCAAUCCAAUGUUUAUGACGUUACCUCCAUAUUCACAUACAGAUAAUAUAUCCCUAAAACCCAUUCGGAUCUUUAAUCCAGAUGCUUACUGUGAUCUUUGCAACAAAGAAUUUUGUAAUAAAUAUUUUCUUAAAACACACAAAGCAAACAAACAUGGAAUUUACACGGAUAGCUCUUCAUCUGAGCCUUUAUUAAACUCUGUAACUGUACCGUCAAUAACAAGUAACCUUAAGAUAUCUAAUCCCGUGCCAACAACUGUCGAACAACCUACCAUAACGAGCGAUUCGAAAACUCCUGCGAAUAUGAUUAAUGCAUUCAAUAAUAUUUUCCAAAAUCCAUUUUCAAAUCAAGCAAAUUUAUCAGAAAAUGAAAUGAACGAAAAUAUUGCUAUGUCGAAUGGAAUGUCUUCGUCAAGCGAAAGUGAUAAAAUUUUCUCAGACGAUCCGCACGCUGAAGAAAAUAGUAGUCCUUGUAUACAAACCGAAUCUACCUCAAUAAAAAAUGAUCCAGACGGAUUGUUUCAUGAUACAUCGAGUAAAUUAUCCUCAGAUCAAACUAAUCGUGAAUUAGACUUGUCAUAUCGUUUAAGGAAAAUUGGUGUUAUGAACCCUAAAGCAUUUUGUGAAAUAUGUUGUAAGGAAUAUUGUAAUAAAUAUUUUCUAAGAACUCACAAACUAAAACGGCACGGAAUAUACAUUCCAGACGACAAAGAUAAGGACAUUAGAAGUGAAUGUAUGUCAGGCUUUUCAUCAAGUAACGUGCAGACGAGUCCUUUAAAUCUCAUUAUGACAGAGCAAGGCAGUUCCGACAGUAAAAUAACAUCACCCACGAGUAUUGGUUGUGAUAUAUGUUGCAUUAAAUUUCAAAAUGCUAGUCUUGCACAAUUGCAUAAUGUCAGCGUCCAUGCCAGAGUAUCUUCAAUAGAACCAGAAGAAUGUGACAGAUCGCAGCAGGAUAGUACCAAAAUAUCAGAAGGAAUCAAAUCUAAUGAGAAAUCGGUGAAUCCAGAAACUAUUAGUGAAGAUUUGCAAAAACUUCAAACAAUGAUUCUUCAGCUGAACGACAUCGAUACUUCUAAAGUAACCACGAACUGUGCUAUUUGUAACAAAGAAUUCGAAAACCGAUUUUAUCUUCAAGCACAUAUGCUCUCAGAGCAUAGUAUGUUGAUGGACGAAGGAGAUUGUGAAAAAGCGGGUGAUACAGAGUUGCGCUCAACUAAUAAUGCAAUGUGCGAUAUCUGCGGUAAGGAAUUACUGAACGUCGAAGAAUUAUCAAGACAUAUAGUGGAAUUUCAUUCAAACCAUCAAGUGGCUGCAGAUUCUUCGAAAGAUGACAAUAGUGGAUUUACCGGUGGAGAUAAAUCGUCAAAUAGAUUGCAAGUUUCUAGUGGACAUAUCCCAGAACGGCGUGUUUCUAUGAACGUUACCCCCACCAGUAGCUACUGUGAAAUUUGCAACAAAGAAUUAUGUAAUAAAUAUUUCAUGAAAACACAUAUGCAAAGAAUGCAUGGGAUCGAAAUAGAGAAUGGAGCACAAAUUGGAGGUGUCGUUUGUGACAUAUGCAACAAGGAAUUAUGUAGCAAAUACUUCUUACGUGUUCAUAAACAUAACACUCACGGUAUAAUUGAAUACGGAGGUAAUUUAUUGCCUCCAAGGAAAUCAGAUGGAGAAUCAUCAGUCUUGCCAUCACCUUCCACUCCACUAGAAACGGAUUCAACUCUAAAACCAACCGACUUAGCGGAUUUAAGUCACAGAUACUUCACUCAUUUUACCGAAGUCUGUACUAUAUGCAGUCGGAGAUUUAGAAGUACGAAAUGGUUGAAAGCUCAUUUAAUAACAGACCAUGGGCAAGUGGGGGCAGAAAAAUGGGCUGAAAUUGAAAUCCAGUUACAACAAAGAGGAAAAGUAUCGACAACGGCAAAUUUAGAAGGAAAUUCAAACUUAAAAAUACCAAAUGGAAGUCAAGAUAUGCAACAACAGAAAGUAGGUGGCGUUCAAAAUUUUAUAUCCACUUUAUUUGGUAUCGACGAGAGUAACUCGAAAAUGUAUCAAUGUUCCUAUUGCCCAUUCACCUCGCCUUUAUUGCCCUUGUUAUUUGUUCACGAAAGAUCACAUAUGAAUAUGGAAGGGUUUUCAUUUAAGUGUCCUAUAUGCCCACAAAAUUUUACUGAACGAAAAUUGCUGGAACGUCAUAUAUUAUCUAGACAUUCCUUCCUCUUACCCAAUACUGUCAAAGAGGAAGAUACUAUCACAAAAGAAAUGUCUAAAGAAAGUUCCGAGGACGAUGAUCCAAGUAGACAAGAAUUUGGUACAUCUAGUCAGGGACAACUAGCUAAGCUAUCAUCCCCUAUAAAAGUACCCUCGGAUAUUGAGCAAUCUUUAAUGGAUGUGGCUAAAAGAAUGCAAUGGCCAGCUACUUAUGCUAUACCUCAAAGAAAAAAUCAAUCAGAACAGGACCAAGAUGAAGCAUCUUCACCUUCAGGGCCAGGGUACGUAAUGCAGGCAUUUUUAUUAGAAGAAUCAGCCUCCGAACGUCGGGUUAUGCCCUCUGUUGUUUUCUUACCUAUGCUACAAAAACAACCAGCCCCUAUCACUGUUACUUUUACACUAACCCCGGCCUAA